AUGGCGAGCCCAUCCGACACGAUUAUUAUAACCGAUGACGAGGAAUUGCUAAGCCUCGAGCUAGGUAGUUCACGACCUCGGAGGGCUCCUCGCCGUGAUUAUAGUUACCGGGAGCUCGAGAACAUGAUCGUUGAAGCAGUCGAUGUAACGGAAACGACACUAUCACGCAAACGCAAAAGAACUGAAACGAAGGAGCCGUCUGCACUGGACAACGCCUUUGAGGAGCUCCGAAAGGCAGUUAGCCAUAAAAUGCAACGGCUACAGGAGAAAAAUCGCAAGCUUCGAGAUGAACUUCGCCAGGAGAGGGAGAUAUCGCUGGGUGGUCAUUCAGUGUGGGUAUAUGUUCUGCGGGUCAUGCUUUAA